AUGCUCCCAGCCAUUCCCUCUACCCCAUGGCCGUGGCUGAAGGAGGGCAGGGAAUCCCGAAAGUUGGUGCUGGUGGUAGUGUUUGUGGCCUUGCUGCUGGACAACAUGCUGCUGACCGUGGUGGUGCCCAUUGUGCCCACCUUCCUGUACGCCACCGAGUUUAAAGGCACCAACUUCUCCGCCAACCUGCCCCCCGACCCCCCCGUCCAUGAUGGUGCUGCCUCUCCCCCCUCGUCCUCCAUCUUCUCCUUCUUCAACAACAGCACCCUGGCCGUCGAGAAAGACGGGCCUGAAAGCUUGAGUUGGACAAACGGCACCCCGGGAACCUUUUCGCCGCAAGCCAACGGGUCUAGCCCAGCCGCUGGAAACGGUUGCCCGCAGGGCACGGAGUUCCUGGAGGAGGAAAAUGUGAGGGUGGGACUCCUGUUCGCCUCCAAGGCCCUCAUGCAGCUUCUGGUCAACCCGUUCGUGGGGCCCCUCACCAACAGGAUUGGGUAUCACAUCCCCAUGUUCGCUGGCUUUGUCAUCAUGUUUCUCGCUACAGUCAUGUUUGCUUUUUCGGGCACUUACACGCUCCUUUUGGUGGCUCGGACCCUCCAGGGCAUUGGAUCUUCUUUCUCCUCCGUGGCCGGACUGGGAAUGCUGGCGAGCGUGUACACAGAUGACUACGAGAGGGGAAGUGCCAUGGGAAUCGCCUUGGGGGGCCUGGCUUUGGGCGUAUUAGUGGGAGCUCCCUUCGGAAGCUUAAUGUACGAGUUCGUCGGGAAAUCGGCCCCCUUCCUGAUCCUGGCCAUCCUGGCCCUGUUGGACGGAGCAUUGCAGCUUUGCAUCCUGAGGCCUUCCAAGAUCUCCCCGGAAAGUACCAAGUGCACCCCACUCCUGACCCUCCUGAAAGAUCCCUACAUUCUGGUGGCAGCAGGUGCCCUCUGCUUCGCCAACAUGGGAGUGGCCAUGCUGGAGCCCACGUUGCCCAUCUGGAUGAUGCAGACCAUGUGUUCUCCGAAAUGGCAACUGGGUCUAGCUUUUCUGCCCGCCAGCGUGUCCUACCUCAUCGGCACAAACCUCUUCGGCCUGCUCGCUAACAAGAUGGGCCGGUGGCUGUGUUCCCUGAUCGGGAUGGUGGUAGUGGGAAUCAGCUUGCUGUGUGUUCCUCUUGCUCAGAAUAUUUACGGCCUCAUUGGCCCCAACGGUGGGCUCGGCUUUGCUAUCGGUAUGGUGGACUCCUCCAUGAUGCCCAUCAUGGGACAUCUAGUGGACCUACGUCACACAUCGGUAUACGGGAGUGUCUACGCCAUCGCCGAUGUGGCUUUUUGCAUGGGGUUCGCCGUAGGCCCAUCCACGGGAGGGGCCAUCGUGCGGGCCCUCGGCUUCCCCUGGCUCAUGGUGGUUAUCGGGGUCAUCAACAUCGCCUAUGCUCCUCUCUGCUACUUCCUCCGAAGUCCUCCGGCCAGAGAGGAGAAGAUCGCGAUUCUGAACGAGGAAUGUCCCAUGCAGACUCGGACCUACGCCACGCAGAAACCCACACGGGAGUUUCCCCUCGGCGACGGUAGCGAUGAAGAAGUGGAAAGCGAGGAGGAAUAGGGGAAGGCCGCCGGCUUAUUGCACCCGCGUAAGAUACAGCUCAGGAGCUCAGAUGGACCGCUACGUGAAGACCAAGGGGAAAACAGCAGGAGAAACUGAAGAGUGGAGCCUCUCACCUGUCUCUCCUGAGACUCUCCCUUCCUCCUUCCAGUCCCUUCUUCUUCUCUGUGAAGUGGUAGUGCUAUUCGGUGUCAGUACAGGGAGCCCGGACUCCUGUCUUCUCUUCCCGUCUCUGGUCCAU